AUGAUGUUGCCCCUCGGAAAACUCAAGAUUGAUCUGUUGGAGCAGCUUUUACCUCAACCGGAUCGGGACACUCGCGUCAUUGUUGGACCGAAAAUUGGGGAGGACGCUGCUGUAAUAGACUUUGGCGAAUCGUAUCUGGUUGCUAAAACGGAUCCGAUUACCUUUGCAACCGAUGAGAUUGGCUGGUAUCUUAUCUGCGUCAACAGCAACGAUAUUGCAACCAUGGGGGCGGUUCCAAAGUGGUUGUUGACGACGAUUCUUCUACCGGAAAACCGGACGACCGAAGCAUCGGUGCGCCGUAUCAUGGAACAGAUUAACACUGCGUGUAAUCAUUUUGGCAUUACACUGUGCGGCGGACAUACUGAAAUUACUUACGGUUUAGACCGACCAAUUGUCAUUGGGCAAAUGCUCGGCGAAGUCGGGAAGGACAAGCUAAUCGUUUCAUCGGGGGCGCAAGCGGGGGAUGAUCUAAUAUUGACGAAAGGGCUUGGCAUUGAAGCCACGUCAAUCAUCGCCCGCGAGUGUGAAGCCGAUCUAUUGGCGAAGUUUUCUCCCACUUUUCUGAAUCGAGCAAAACAGUAUUUGACCUCACCGGGAAUUUCAGUGCUGGAAGAGGCACUGAUUGCUGUUGAAACGGGUGGUGUCCACGCAAUGCACGAUCCAACGGAAGGCGGCGUCGCGACAGCCAUCCACGAGCUUGCACAUGCUGCGAACUUGGGGGUGGUUGUCUGGCAAGAUGCGCUACUCAUAUCGGAUGAGACAGCGCGACUUUGUCAUGAGUUGAAUCUGAAUCCGCUAGGAGUUAUCUCCUCUGGUGCGUUGCUGAUUGCGGCGGACCCCACGAAAAGCAACGAGAUCGUGUCGGCGAUUACUGAACGCAAUAUCCCCUGUCAAAUUAUCGGCCAGUUGCUACCGCCGGAGAGCGGUUGCUGGCUUGAGGUGGAUAGCCAACGUUGUCCACUCCCUAUUUUUGAGACGGACGAGAUUACGAAGGUCUUUAGUGAGUGA